UUGGUUCGAGAUAGGUGAGUUGAGAUGAGUGCUGUGGGUUUUGACAUUGGUAAUGAGAACUGUGUCAUUGCUGUGGUAAAGCAAAGGGGGAUCGAUGUUUUGCUGAAUGACGAGUCCAAGCGCGAAACCCCUUCUGUGGUCUGUUUUGGAGAGAAGCAACGGUUUUUGGGCUCUGCUGCCGCUGCUUCUGCUAUGAUGCACCUAAAGUCAACGGUGUCACAAGUGAAGAGACUGAUUGGGAGGAAAUUUGUCGAUGAUGAUGUUGAAAGGGAGCUGAAAAUGCUUCCCAUUGCCACUUCUCAAGGCCCGGAUGGCGGCAUUUUGAUUCACUUGGAAUACUUGAACAGGACUCAUAUGUUCACACCAGUUCAGAUAAUGUCCAUGCUCUUGGCUCACUUGAAGACGAUGACAGAGAAAGAUCUGGGUUUGCCUGUUUCGGAUUGCGUUAUUGGGAUCCCAUCAUACUUUAAUGACUUACAGAGAAGGGCAUAUCUGGAUGCAGCAAAAAUUGCUGGGUUGAAGCCUUUGAGAUUGAUCCAUGAUUGUACUGCAACUGCUCUUAGCUAUGGAAUUUAUAAAACAGAUAUUCAAAGUACAGGUUCAAUUAGUGUUGCAUUUAUUGACAUUGGUCACUGUGAUACUCAGGUCUCAAUUGCAGCAUUUGAGUUUGGGCAAAUGAAGAUACUUUCGCAUGCAUCUGACAGGAGCUUAGGAGGGAGGGAUUUUGAUGAAGUUCUAUUUAAUCAUUUUGCAGCACAAUUUAAGGAGAAGUACAACAUUGAUGUGUAUUCUAAUUCUAAAGCAAGCAUUAGGUUACGCGCAGCAUGCGAGAAGUUGAAGAAAGUUUUGAGUGCAAAUCUAGAGGCACCUCUAAAUAUUGAAUGCUUGAUGGAUGAGAAAGAUGUUAAGGGCUUUAUCACGAGGGAAGAAUUUGAGAAGCUGGCAUCGGAAUUAUUGGAAAGAGUUUCUGUUCCUUGCAAAAGAGCAUUAGUUGAUGCAAACUUGACUGCAGAAAAAAUUUCUUCUGUGGAACUUGUUGGCUCGGGUUCUAGGAUUCCAGCUAUCGCUAAGAUAUUAACAUGUCUUUUCAAGAAAGAACCCAGCCGAAAGCUGAAUGCAAGUGAGUGUGUAGCUCGUGGUUGUGCUUUACAGUGUGCAAUGCUCCAUCCCAAUUACCGUGUGAGAGAAUAUGAGGUCCGGGAUUCUUUUCCUUUUUCUGUUGGACUUUCAUCAGAUGAAGGUCCAAUUAGUGCAGGAUCAAAUAAUGUACUAUUCCCCAAAGGCCAUCCCAUUCCGAGUGUUAAAGUCCUCACAUUGCAUCGGACCAAUUUGUUCAAUUUGGAAGCCUUCUAUGCUAAUCAAAAUGAACUACCACCUGGGGCAUCUCCUAAACUUGGUUGCUUCACGAUUGGUCCUUUCCAAGGAUCCAAUGGUAGUAAGACAAAAGUUAAAGUUAGAGUUCAACUAGAUUUGCACGGCAUUGUCAGGAUAGAAUCUGCUACAUUGAUCAGGGAUCAGGUGGGUGAUUCAGUUGCAACGGGUGAUUAUCAUUCAAAUUCUGAUCCAAUGGAUGUUGAUAUUCCAGAUACAGUUGCCAAUGGAGAUGAUGAUACUUCUGCUGAUGGUGCAAGGAAAGAUAAAGCCAACAGAAGGCUUAAUGUGCCAGUAAGUGAGAAUAUUGAUGGUGCAAUGUCAAAGGCUGAAAUAUCGGAAGCUUAUGAAAAAGAACUACAGUUGGCUCAACAGGACAGAACUGUAGAGCUAACCAAAGAAAAGAAGAACACCUUGGAGUCUUAUGUCUAUGAUAUGAGAAAUAAGCUAUUCAACACAUAUCGGAGCUUUGCAACUGAUCAAGAGAGGGAUGACAUAUCCAAGAGGCUUCAAGAGACUGAGGAGUGGCUUUAUGAGGAUGGUUAUGAUGAAACUGAACUUGCUUACACUACAAAACUAGAAGACCUAAAGAAGCUGGUGGAUCCAAUCGAGAAUAGGUAUAAAGAUGAAGAAGGAAGAAAUCAAGCCAGAAGAGAUUUGUUAAAAUGCAUUUUAGAGCUUCGCGGGACUGCAGAUUCCCUUCCACCCCAAGACAAAGAACUGGUAUUGAAUGAGUGUAAUAAAGCAGAGCAGUGGCUAAGUGAGAAGAUGCAGCAACAAGAAUCUUUGCCCAAGAACAUUGACCCAAUAUUUUGGUCAAGUGAUAUUCAGGGCAAGGCAGAGGAUUUAAAAAUAACAUGUCAACGGAAAUUGGAUUCCAGGACGUCUCCAAUGGAAGAAGACGUUGGCGAAGACAAGCCGGAUGCUUCAAAUCAGCCAUGAAUAUUGGAUUCCAGGACUUAUCCAAUCAAAGAAGACAUUGGCGAAGACAAACCGGAUGCUUCAAAUCAGCCAUUAAUAUAUUGAUGGUGUUGCUAAUAUAUCUCAUUGACUAAAAUCAAGUUUUCAUUACAGAUACUUUCUGACAAGUAUAGAAUUUUUUGCCACUCUCCUUGCAUUUUCCUUUCUUUUUUUUUUCUCUGUUUUCUCACCGCCCAACCUUCCUGGGGUUUUGAAAGAGGAAAGUUUAAGUAUGAAAUCAUCUACGGUCAUCAGUUCAAUCAUUUUGUUCUUCCAAGGUUCCUCUCCUCUCUCUGGUGUUUUGUAUUUUGAUAUUGUUAUCCAAUCUUUUUUAGUGAGAUAUGUUUUGUGAAUCAAGUAGGUUUGGCUCCCUGGAAGAAAAUCUCUGUGAAAUAUGUAUAUGUAGUAUCAAUGACCCUUGUUUCUGCAUUGUAAUUGAAGAAACUAUUAUUGAAAGAUGGAAAUGAUUGGUUAGCCUGUAA